GAUGUGUUCAGAUCUCCGCCAACACACAACUGGUGGCUCCAGGAGCUUUUGAGCAACAUCAAACUGGAGAAACUGCGUUCUUACAGAUGUUGCUGUCGUCUCGUGUGUUGCUUCGCGGUCUGCAGGCUCAGACUGGAGUUUGGAGGCAAUUGUCCACCUCGACCAGAGCACUGGCAGGACAUGGCCACCCUGUUGAUGUAAUUGACUGCAGCGUUCCUCAGUACAAUAACCGACUGGAUACUCCACUGCCUGAUAUUCCCUUCAACAGAAAUCUCACUCCUGAGCAGAGGAAGCUGAAAGAAAAAGAAAAGGAGCCAUGGUCGAACCUCACCAAGGAGGAGAAACUAGAAUUGUACAGGCUCUCCUUUGAACUGAGCUAUGCUGAGAUGAAGAAAGGUUCAGAUGAAUGGAAGACUGUGCUGGCUGGAAUCUUCUUUUUCUUUGGCUUUACUGGUCUGGUUGUGUGGUGGCAGCGUGUUUUUGUGUACGGCGAUGUGCCACACACAUUUUCACCUGAAUGGAUUGAAAAGCAGACCCAAAGGAUGAUCGACAUGAGGGUCAACCCUGUUAGUGGCUUCUCUGCCAAAUGGGACUACGAGAAGAGCCAGUGGAAGUAGAAGAAUCACCGGCUAAUACAGCAAUCAGACCUGCAUUAAGCUUAACAGCCCUAAUUAUAUUUAUACAAUAUACCAAAUAAAGAAGACAGAAUGUGAA